AUGACAGGUCUCAAUCCCCAAACCGACACCAUCAUGAGCGUAGCAUGUUUUCUCACAACAUCCGACCUACAACCCCUCGACCCCGAAGGAUUCGAAGUAGUGAUCCAACACACGCCCCAACAACUAUCCAGCAUGUCUGAAUGGUGUGUCCGAACCCACGGCUCCACAGGCCUAACACAGCGCUGUUUGGCCAGCACCACGACGGCCCAAGUCGCCGCCGACGCCCUCCUGGCCUAUAUCAAGCGGUACAUUCCCGAACCAGGUCGGGCAUUGUUGGCGGGAAAUAGCAUUCACGCCGACAAGGCCUUUUUGAUGAUUCCGCCGUGGAAUGUGGUGCUCGAGCAUCUACAUUAUCGGCUGUUCGAUGUCAGUGCAAUGAAGGAGAUGGUAAGGCGCUGGGCGAGACCGGAGGUGUUGGAAUCCGCGCCGUUGAAGCAGUUAAGGCAUUCGGCGCGGGAGGAUGUUUUGGAGAGCAUUGAGGAGGCAAGGUAUUAUAAGAUGUUGAUUGAGGGUAGUUUUAUGGCUGGAGGGAACGUGACUUCGAAUUCGAACGUGACAGGGAUUGAGGCUGGUGCUAAUACUGGAAAUCAACAACAACAAAGGCCAGCAGUAGCAGCAGCGGCGGAUGAUAUCACGAGUGGUGACGGCGAUAUGCCACCCGCAGCCACAGCACCAGCAACACGGUUUAUUACUUCCCGUGACCAAAAUGACAACACUCCGCUUCCCGCAAGCUCUUCUUCCCCCCUUGUGGCAGGCACCAGACAUGGACACGGUAAAGAUUAUGGAGGCGGCGGAUUCACAAAAGGGGCCGGAACUGAGGAGCGACAUGGAAAUCUGGGAGGAUCUGACAGGGAAGGGGCCUCGGCCUCUGCGCGUACCCCUCCUGCUCUGAGUACGAAACAAGGUCAGGAGGCAGUGGACAUGAUGCGCAACAACGGCACGCGAACAGGCGAUGUUGGCGGCCUCGAUGCGGGAUUCAGGACCGAUGUGCCAUGA